AUGGAAGAAAUGAAGACGAGUGCCUCCCAGAUGCAGGGGCCUAUAAAGACUGAGUGGAAUUCCCGGUGUGUUCUUUUCACCUAUUUCCAAGGGGACAUCAGCAGCGUAGUGGAUGAACACUUCUCCAGAGCUCUGAGCAAUAUCAAGAACCCCCAGGAAUUGAGCCCCUUGAGCCAGAGUGAAGAUGUGGUCCUGAGGAAUGAUAUUGACAUGCCUCCAAAUCAGUGGCGUUUCUCUUCUCAGUGGACAAAGCCAGAGCCAGAAACAUCUUUUGUAGAUGAUGCCACCAGCUACGGCAUGAACGGGUUUGAUCCCAUGUCUAUGGAUCAGUAUUCAAUGUCCCUGACUGGGAGCCCCUCUGUUCAGCCUGAGGAGCUGUGGCAUUUCUCCUCCCCAGAGAGCCCCAGUUCCUCAGAGCCUGACUAUGCUCAUGCCUUCUCUGCUGGGCACCUGAUUCCAGAGACCCCGCCUGAUGAGAAAUAUGAGUCUCUCCUGACUCUCCUCCAGCAAGAUAGAUGUGUAGCCCAGCCUCAGCAAUCUGCCAUGUGGGAGGAUUGCAGCUCUGCCCAGAUAGCCGGAAGCUCGGAAUUGCCCUUCAACCUGCCUUCCAGCUCGGCCCACUGUAAGAAAGUGCCUCCAGAUAUUUGGAGGCUUAUCCCUGUUUGGUUGGGGUUGAGAGUAAGAAAAUAUAUUUCCCCUCAGAUCAUGAACUUGCCAGUGCCAGCCUUGCAAGUGAAAAUGUCCAGUUUUCAGCUUAGAACGUAUGGCCGCUCCAGGACUCUACAGUCAGGGAAAGUGCCACCGAAGUCCAAAGGCCAGGACCGUUGGCUCCACACUCAAUUUGAAAGUGGUGUUAGUAGGAACUUUCAAAUGAAGACAAUUUGA